GAGUCGAGAGAGGUCGCAGGAGCCGCAGCCGCUGCGGAUGUCGCUGCGGCAACGCGGCGUGGCGCCCGAGCUGGCGGCAGGAAUCGAACACGAGAGGUCGACGGGUGUGCUGCUGGCGGGGGCCGCUGGCGGCGGAAGCGGAGGCUGGGCAACUGUCCACUCGUUCAAUGAGCGGGAUGGCGGUCAGGUCAAAGCUGCCUGCGCUAGCGGCAACUACAUCUACACCACCAGCCGAGCAGGAGUCAGGCGAUGGGAUGCGCUUACUGGCAGCUCCUCCGACCUCAUCCCCAGUGGCGUUCUGCCCGGUCUGGUUCACGCCAUUGCGGUGGUUGGGCCCACCAUCUGGGCUUGUACGGGGGAUGGCAAGGUGGCGCUGUACGAUGCCGUAUCGGGGGAGCUGAAAGCCAAGGCGUUCGCAGCCCACCAGGGGGAGGUGCUGUGUAUCGCUGCUGGCCCGGGCAACUCGUACGUGGUCACUGGCGGGGUGGAUUUCAACGCGAAGAGCUGGCAGCCCGACGGCUCCCCCAUCGUUGCCGCCAAGUACCACCACGGCGCCGUUGAGCCCUCCUCGGCCACCUCCGGCGCCGCCGCCGGGCGGCCAAGCAUGCGCGCCGCCGCCGCCGCCGCUAUCGCUGCCGUAUCCGCAUCCAUGAGUGCGGGUGCGGGGGGCGAGGAGGGGGUUGGCGGCGGUGGCGGGGGACCCCGCGUGGGGGGGGCAAAGGUGUGGACGGGUUCGGCGGAUGGCACGGUGUUUUGCUGGCCGGAUCCUGCCGGCACGGGCCAGAUCAACGAGUCGGAAGGGAAGUCCAUAAAGUUGGAAGGAGGGAAAGUGAAGAGCCUGACGCAUUCGGCCGACUCCGUGUGGGUCGGAAUGGACGACGGGCGCAUUCACGUGUUGCGGCUGGGUGACGGUAGCCUGAUUAAGACAUUACGGGGGGCACACUCGGGACCCGUGCUGGCGUUACACCACGCGGCGGGGCAGCCCCCCACCCCCCUGUUCAGUCUGGGAGACCAGGGGGGUUACGUGAAGGGGCUACUGCCGUGUGGCUGGUGUGUUUGGGCCUUCACUAGCGCCGCAAUAAAGGCCAAGGACGACGUGAGUCGUUCAUCUGCCGUGAUGAAGGACGUCAAGGAGGCGGCGGUACGGCAGCAGCAGGAGGCGGAGGCGGCCAUGCGGGAGGCCCAGGUAGGGGGCAAAGUGGACGAUCUCCAACGGCGGUUGAGGGAGGCGGAGGAGGCGCUCGGGGCGGAGAAGGCUGGUCGGGGGGAGGCGGCGGCGGCGGCGGCGGGGGAGCUGGCUGUCGCCAGGUCUCGGGUUUCGGAGCUGGAGUCCCAGUUGCAGUCCCAGAGACACCAGUUGGAGGGCCUUAUGGCGGAGCGGGCGGGACUUGAGGUGGACAAGGCGACAGCGGCCGCUGCCGCGGCUGCCAACCUGGAUGACGUCCUCAGCGCCCGGACAGCCCUCGAGGCGGAGCUAGCUCGCGCCACCGCCGACCUGGAGGUGGAGCGCAACGGUCGAAAGGCGGAUGAGUUGGCCUGGCUCGCCCGGGAGGGGGCCCUGCGGGGGGAGAUGGAGACGGGGAUGGCGGCGGUGCGGGCGGCCGGGGAGGAGGAGGCGGGCAGGCUGAGGGAUGAUCAGUCCCGGCUGGAGGAGGAAGUACGACAGUUGUUGGGUCAGAUGGCGGCAUUGAAGGCGGAUAAGGCCUCCUUGGAGUCAGAUCUGGCAACUGUACGACAGACGGGUGACGCGGCGGUGGCGGCGCUCCGAGACCAACUGGCCCGCGUCCAGAAAGACCUGGAGGACGCCGGCACUCGCGCCGCGGCGGCCGGUGCUGAGGUUGACCGACUUCGUACGGCAGUGGCGGCGAGUGAGGCGGCGGGUCGUAACGCGGCGAACAUUCAGGAGGGGCUCAGACGGGAAUUGGAGGAGGUUCGCAGCCAGCUAACAGCGGCGGUGGCCCGCAGUACGGCAGCAGAGGAGGAGUUGCAGGGGAGCCGAGCGGCAUUGCGGGACGUCCAGGGGCUCUUGGAGGGAAAGUCGGCCGACACAGCCUCACUCACCCACGAACUGGAGCAGACGCGCAGUCAGCUGACUCGGAGCGAGGGGGCGCUGAAGGCAGCGGAGCUCCAAAACGGAGAGGAGCGUGAGGCCAACCGACAAAUGGCCAAGCAGAUGCAGGCCCAACUCGAGGAUCUCCGAAAUCAGCUCCAAGGAUCCGAAACCAAGACCCGUAAUGCCGUACAUGAGCGGGACGAGCUCCAAAACCAGCUUGAGGCGGCGCGCGCACAGGCCGCCGAGCUGGCGGCACGGCUGGCGGCGGCGGCGCAAGCGGCGGCGGCUCAGGAGCAGCGGGUAACGGAGGCGGCGAGUACGGCAGAGGGGCUCAAACGUCAGCUGGCGGAAGGUACGGAUCAGCUUGCGCGGGUUUCCAGUCGGUGUGAGGACCUGGAACGGCAGCUGAGUGAUGCCGUACGGCGGGCUGCGGAUGUGGAGGCCCGAGCCGCAGCGGAGCAACAGGAACUGAACGCACUAAGAGCCCAGGUGGCAACGUUGACGGCGGAGGCGGCGGCCACGGCUGCGGCCGCCCGCAUUCGAGAAAAGAUGGACGAGGAACUUGACCGGCUCCGAAACCGCAUCCGCGAUGUGGAAAGCCAACUGCCGCGUCUGGGCGCGGCGGCGGCGGCGCCGCCGCCGCCACACGCGGGGGCGGCGGCGGCGCUCGUACCCAACAUCGUCAUCCACGCAGCUGCCGCCGCCGGCGGGCCAGCGGCGCCGUCGGGGGAAUAUCCCGCUGCCGGUGCAUCGCCAUCGCAACCGCUGGUGGUUUUGCAGCCGCCGCCAACGCCGCCGCCUGGCGACAGCAGCGGCGUCGGCGGCGGCGGUGGUGGCGGCGGCGACACCGCCAGCACUUUACAGGAUUCGGAGCGUGAACUUUUCCGUCAGCAGCUCGACGCCCUCCGUGUCAGCAGCCAGGCUUUGGAGGGCCUUAUGCGGGGCCUCCAGAGUACCAUUGAGGGUGUGAGGGCCGGGGCAACACCACCGGGCACCAAGCAACAGCACCAGGAACAGGCGGAGCAGGAGGAGGAGGAGGAGGUGGCGGUGGCGGCGGCGGCGGCGGCGGCGCCUGGCGAGGGUCCCGCUGCCGCUACUGCUGCUACUGUUGCCGCCGCCGGUGCUGACCCCGGUGCUGAAGCGGCGGCGGCGGCAGAGCUGGCGGCGCUUCACAUAAAGCUCCGGUCCCUCACCUCACAGCUGGAGGAGGUCACCGCCGCCAGGGACGAUCUCCAAGGCGCGCUGACGUCAUGUCAAGGGGAACUCAAUGAGGUGCUGGAGGACAGGUAUCAGUUGCAAGUGGCGCUAAGGGCGGCUCAGAAGCAACUGGUAGAUGCGCUGGCGGCGGCGACGGCGGCGGCGGCAACAACAGCGGCGGCGGCGGCGGCCCCACCCGGAGGACCCCCCGGCUCCGAAACCGCUGCUCGGCUCCUCAUCACACAACUGGAGGCGGCAAUGCGCGAGACCAAGGGCGACUACCAGCGACUGUUACAUGAGGUGGCCACUAUUCGCGGGCAAAUGAGCGCCAAGGACGCGCACAUCGCCAAAAUGACGGCGGAGCUGGCAGCUGCCACCGCGAGGGCUGGAGAGGCGGACCAGCUACGCGCCCAGGUGGCCCUUAUGGAGUCCAAGUUAGGCAACAUGAGUCGACAUCUAGCGGAGAGCGAGGCAGCGCCGGCUGGCGGCGGCGAGAGCAUCGGACGAGAUGUACAACAACAAUAG